CGAGCUCGCCCGCCCGCCCGCCGCGCUCGCCCCCGCCAUGCCGAACAUCGUGCUGUUCAGCGGCAGCUCCCACCACGACCUGUCCCAGCGGGUGGCGGACCGGCUCGGGCUGGAGCUGGGCAAGGUGGUCACCAAGAAGUUCAGCAACCAGGAGACCAGUGUAGAGAUUGGUGAAAGUGUGAGAGGGGAAGAUGUGUAUAUUAUCCAGAGUGGCUGUGGAGAAAUAAAUGACAAUUUAAUGGAACUGCUCAUCAUGAUCAAUGCUUGCAAGAUUGCAUCAUCCUCCAGAGUGACUGCUGUAAUUCCCUGUUUUCCAUAUGCCAGGCAAGAUAAGAAAGACAAGAAGGGGUCCGUGGAGCGUUGGAGCCGUGCACCAAUCUCUGCAAAACUUGUUGCCAACAUGCUGUCAGUUGCAGGGGCUGACCACAUCAUCACCAUGGACUUGCAUGCUUCUCAGAUCCAGGGUUUCUUUGACAUUCCAGUAGACAACCUGUAUGCAGAACCUGCAGUCCUGCAGUGGAUUAAAGAGAACAUUCCCGAGUGGAGAAACUGUAUCAUAGUCUCACCUGAUGCAGGUGGUGCAAAAAGGGUUACUUCAAUUGCUGACAGACUGAAUGUGGAAUUUGCUCUCAUUCAUAAGGAAAGAAAGAAGGCAAAUGAAGUGGACAGAAUGGUCUUGGUUGGUGAUGUGAAAGACAGAGUAGCAAUUCUUGUCGAUGAUAUGGCUGACACAUGUGGCACAAUAUGUCAUGCAGCAGACAAGUUAAUGUCUGCUGGAGCUACUAAAGUUUAUGCCAUUCUAACUCAUGGCAUCUUUUCUGGUCCUGCCCUCUCUCGGAUUAAUAAUGCAUCAUUUGAGGCUGUUGUGGUAACCAACACAAUCCCCCAAGAGGAGAAAAUGAAACAUUGCCCAAAAAUACAGUUUAUUGACAUUUCCAUGAUCCUGGCAGAGGCAAUUCGAAGAACACACAAUGGUGAAUCAGUGUCUUACCUGUUCAGUCAUGUCCCCUUGUAACUGCAGGGGAUUACACUGCGUCUUUGCAAAGGUCUCUUAAGCUAGCACUGUUUUUAACUGUGCACAUCAGCCAGGAGAAAUUAUUCUCUUUGUACAAUUCGAGAGCUUGUAUGUUUAAUUAUCAUAUUUGUCUUGUAAUUACCAUUUGUUCUUUGUAAAUGGGCAAUAAAUCUCCAUCUUGCAGAAACCUUAAGAA